AUGCGAGACCUAACGGCUCAGGUAACGAGCAGUCUGCUGCAGUUUCCAGAGGUGACUGUUGAGGCACUUGGGGAAGAUGAGAUCACCCUAGACUCUGUGCUGUGUGGGAAGUUUUCUGGAGGCAGAAGUGGCCUGGCGUGGCUGGCGUGUGGUCCCCAGCUGGAGGUGGUGAACUCAGUGACAGGAGAGCGUCUCUCUGCGUAUCGCUUCAGCGGAGUGAACGAGCAGCCUCCCACUGUUCGCGUGGUGAAGGAGUUUUCUUGGCAGAAGAGGACUGGGCUCCUGGUUGGCUUGGAGGAAGCAGAGGGAAGUGUUCUCUGUCUGUAUGACCUUGGGACCUCAAGAGUGGUUAAAGCAAUUGCUCUUUCAGGGAGGGUGACGGCCAUCGAACCCAUCAGCAACGACGGCGGAGCCAGCGUGAGCACCCGGCACCUGCAUCAGAGUCUGCGAUGGCUCUUUGGAGUGGCAGCAGUGGCCACAGACGUUGGCCAUGUCCUUCUGGUUGACCUUUGUUUGGAUGAUUUGUCUUGCAGUCAGAAUGAAGUAGAAGCAUCGGAUCUCGAAGUUGUCACUAGAAUUCCUGCUGAAGUUCCACAAAGAAGAGAAGCUGUGACCAGAGAAGGGAGGCAUCUCUGUUUUCAACUACGAAGUCCUUCAGGAACAGCAGUAUCAACCCUGUGCUACAUAAGCAGAAGCAAUCAGCUUGUUGUGGGUUUUUCUGAUGGCUACUUGUCUCUGGGGAACAUGAAAACUUUGAAGAGGGCGCACUACACUCAGCUUGGAGGAGGAAGGAUUCCUGUCUGUGCUCUUACUUUUCAAGAGCCCGAGAGUGAUCUCCAAAAUUGUUGCUACUUAUGGGCUGCUCAGUCUACACAACAAAGUGAAGGGAAUGCUGUGAAUUUACAUCUGUUGCAGUUAGCAUUUGGUGACAGGAAACGCCUGGCAUCAGGACAAGUCAUGUACGAGGGUUUUAAAUACUGUGUCAAACUCUUCAGUUUAGCUCUCUCUGGUGGAAUCUUUCCCUUGAGAGGGCAGACCAGCAAUACUAAAUUCCUCAGCUUUCAGACCAUAGAAAAAUUUCGCAACCAUGCUGACAGAGAGGAUAGCGUUAAUGAAGUAAUCUCUCCUGACACCAGUGUAUCGAUCUUCAGUUGGCAAGUGAAUACACACGGUCAAGAAAAACCGUCUGUUUAUUUGGGUGUGUUUGACAUCAAUCGCUGGUAUCAUGCUCAAAUGCCAGACUCACUGAGGCCAGAAGAAUUCCUUCAUGAUUGCCCCUAUUUUGCACUGUGGUCACUGGAUCCUGUAAUAAGCAUGACUUCUCCAAACCUCAUUUUGGAUAUUCUGGUACACGAGCGUAGUCUAAGUCGGGGGGUUCCUCCUUCUUAUCCACCACCUGAACAGUUUUUUAAUCCAAGCACCUAUAAUUUUGAUGUGACAUGCUUGCUCAACUCGGGAAUUGUUCACAUGACUUGCACCGGCUUCCAGAAGGAGACUCUGAAGUUUUUGAAGAAAUCUGGUCCUUUAGUAAGUGAAGCCAUUCAUGACAGCUACACUCGGUGUCUUGUAGCUGGCUUGCUGUCUCCAAGACUGGUUGAUGUCCAGCCAUCCAGUCUGAGUCAGGAGGAGCAGUUAGAAGCAGUGUUGUCAGCUGCUGUGCAAACAGGUUCUUUAGAGCUUCUGACGGGAUGCAUUAAACACUGGACUUCAGAAGAGCAGCCAAGUUCUGCUGGAAAUUUACGGUUUGUUCUUGAGUGGACGUGGAACAAAGUGAUCUGUACAAAAGAUGAACUGGACCAAAUAUGUGUUCCGCUGUUCGAUGGCUCCUGCAACUUCAUUGACCCGCAGACAUUACAGUCCCUUCAGCACUGCCAGCUGCUUCUGAGCAACCUCAGCACAGUCCUGAACUGUUUUCUAACAGAAGCCCGAGAGCUUACUGAGAAAGGUUUUUCAGACUUAACAAAUAAGCAGGUGGUAACCAGCCUCAUUUCUUUGUAUGCACAAGUGGUGAUCUGGUUCUGUCGAUCCAGUCUCCUUCCCGAGGGUUUAGAUGAUCACAUGCAUUUGUCUAGACCUUUCUACAAUUACCCUCUGAUUCAGAGCUACUAUACGGGUCACCGACAGAAACUCGAGCAUUUAUCAAGAGGAAAAUGGGAUUCUGACUGCUUGAUGAUUGAUGGAAUGGUUUCCCAGUUGGGAGAGCAAGUGGAGAAGUUGUGGCAGAGAGAUGAAGGCGGCACUGGGAAAUACCCACCUGUUAGUUUACAUGCACUGCUGGAUCUCUAUUUGCUAGAAAGCAUUGAAGAAAGUGACAAACAUGCAAUUGUAUCCUUUCCAGAUUGGUGGCUGAUUUUUUUUUUUCCUGCAAAUACUGAAGAAUUUUUCCUGAUAAGCCUUGGAUCGAGUUUUCUGUGGUAAUUCAGCUGCUCUCAACUUGUCCAGAAUUCCCUGGCCCUGCUCUUCCAUCCGGCUACAAUCAAGACAGUGUCAUGGCAACACAUGAGGAUAAUUCAGUCCCUCAUGUGCCAGGGAGAGCACAGGCGAGCCCUCAGGUACAUCCAGAUGAUGAAGCCGUCGAUGUCCAGCAGCAGUGAAGUGCGGCUGUUCCUCACCGUGUUGUUGUCCAACAGGUGCAUGGUGGAGGCUUGGAGUCUGCUGCAGCAGCACACCACGAAGUUAAACAUAGAAGAGCUGCUAAAGCACAUGUAUGAAAUCUGUCAGGAGAUGGGGCUCAUGGAGGAUUUGCUGAAGCUGCCCUUCACAGACACAGAAAAAGAGUGUUUGGAGAAGUUUUUACAGGCCAAAUCUGGUGUCCAGAACCGUGAAUUCCUCUUAGUCCACCAUCUGCAGCGUGCCAACUACAUCCCAGCACUCCAGCUGAAUCAGUCCAUGAAGGCCAGUCUGACGAAUGAUCGUGAUCCUCGCUUGAGAGAGAGAGCAGUUGCCAGAAAUUCUCUGUUAGACCAAUAUGGCAAGAUCCUUCCCACAGUUCAAAGGAAGCUGGCAGUAGAGCGAGCCAAGCCGUACCGUUUGCCUUCGUCGGUCUUAAGAGAAGUCCCAAGGCCAAAGCCUUUAUCCACAGCAACAAGGCAAGCUAAUGCAGGAAAUGUACAUACAAGAACAAGUUUCAUUGCUAAAGUACUGUCCAGACUUAAAGAAGCAUGGCUAGGAAACAAGAAAAGCAGUUUCUCAGAAUAUUAUAAGUAAGCAGCUUUUUCACAAAGUUUAGCCUUGUUCUGUGUUUUUGAGGGGAGAGAAAAAGGACGAGAGAAAUUUGUUUGAAUUAUGUUAGUGUCUUGGUGGGAAGGUACAUAUGAAUACA